AUGGCUCGACUGCUGACCCUGAGCCUGAGCCUCAGCAGCAGCAGCACCUCCUCCUCGGCACCCACAACGCUGGGCGUGUAUAUUGAACGGUCGCCCGAAUCGGCUGUGGCGCCCAAGGGCGAUGAGGUGGUGUUCGAGUGUGAGAUGAACCUGAAGCCCGAUCGGCUGGAGUGGCGCUUCCGGGAGAAUAGCUCCGUGGCGUACCGCUAUCUGCGGCCCAGCGGCGGCUACAAUGUGACGAACAGCAACGAGGAGCGCACCUGGAAGCUGAGGAUCUACGUGAGUCCCCAGACGGUGGGCGACUACCAGUGUGUGGCCUGGUACGGCCCAGGGGCGCUCGCCUCGACGCCCGCCCGGCUCACCCUCGUCUCCAUUUCGAUCGACAAUCCCAAUGGCUACAGUCGCCCGCAUGCGGUACGCUGGAGCGUGGCGCCGCGCAACUGUGUCCUCAUUCGAUGUGGCACAGUGACCUCCAGCCCGCCGGCCAUCUGGAGCUUCUACCGGAACGGGGAGAAGCUGCCGCAGACGGAGAUGCUGAUUUCGGGAGCGGGCGGGGCGCUGGUCCUCAGCUCCGUGGGUGCCAAGGAUGCGGGUAACUACACGUGCGCGGCCACCAAUGCCAUCACUGGGGUGGAGGUGCGCCUGCCGCAGGUCAUCGAUCUGCGGGUGGACUACACAGACCGCACGCAGCCCUACUUCCUGCAGCAGCCGGCCAGCCAGCUGCAGGCGCGUCCCGGCGAGACCAUCAUCCUGGAGUGUCCCGGCGUCGGUUCUCCCCGGCCAGAGGCCGUCUGGAGCAGCCCCAAUCUGCCCAGCAUCAACCACAAUCGCAGUCGAGUGCUCGCCUACGGUCUGCAGAUCACCGACGUACGGCCGGAGGACCAGGGCUCCUAUGUGUGCCGCCUGGACAACGGCAUAGCGCCCGUCCGCGUGCACAUGAUCAAGCUGCAGGUGCUGGAGCGUCCCAGCAUACUGCGCGGCCCGGCAGCCACGCUCACCAACGAAGGCAAAUCGCUGACCCUUGAGUGCUCGGCCACAGGCAAUCCCCAGCCGGAGAUCUACUGGCUGCUCAACGGCGAGGAUGCGAGCAGCGACAACGAGACGCUGGCCGAGAACCGCAGCCUGCUCAUAAGUCACGUGCAGAAGCGGCACGCCGGGGUGGUGCAGUGCUUUGCCAGGAACACCCUGGGAGAGAUCAGCGAAGGAAAUAUGCUGCGUGUGAAUCCCUUGCAGAUCAGCGGCGAGGAUUACCAGACAUUGGGCAAUGUGCCGAUGCGUUCGGCGCACGAUUCGGCCAGUGGCGGAUCCUCAUCGGGUUCGGGCUCCGGCUCUGGCUCCUCCUCGUCUUCUGGUGGCGGAUCCCGCAACAAGGGCAAGCGGAAGUACAACCGUUUGGACAUGGUGCCUCCGUCACGACCCAAUGUGACCCGUUUGGCCGACGAUGCCGUCAUGCUGCGCUGGACCGUGCCGCGCAACGACGGCCUCGCCAUCAACUUCUUCAAGGUGCAGUAUCGCAUGUUCGGCGACAGCUUCCGCAAAAUUCCCCGCGAGAGCUGGCAGACCACCAACGAGAACAUACCUUACGGCUACUGGAAGCCAAUGCGCGGACGCGACCGCCAUGACCGCGAACGAGAACGGGAGAGGGACCAACAGCAGCAUGAAGCGACCGUCGGACCCAAGAACUUCACAUCGUCGGUGACGGGACUGCGACCGGAUCGGUAUUACCGCUUCCGUAUUGUUGCCGUUUACUCGAACAACGACAACAAGGAGGGCAACACCUCGCUCAAGUUCUUCCUGGAACGAGGCGUGGCCAAAUCGAAUCUGCCGGUGCCCGAUCUGCGCGACGUGGCCUACUCCGAGUCUGCCGUCCUGCUGCACUGGACCCUGGCCGCUGCAACUGCCAUUGCCCCUGCAACAGCAACAGCCCCUGGCUCCUCAUCCGACAGCAGCAUCGAUGGUUACUAUGCCUACUACAGGCCCACUGACUCGGCGGGCGAGUACCUCAAGGCGACUGUAGAUGGCGGCCAUACGCGCCGCUUCAAGAUCGACAUGCUCCGACCGGGCACCGCCUACGAGUUCAAGCUGCAGACAUUCAAUGCCCACUCAGCCUCCGAGUUCAGUGCCAUUCGUCAGGCACGGACCAAGAAGCUAAAUGAGCCAACAGCCUCGCCCACAACGCCCCUGAUGGUGCCCGCCAACCAGGGUAAGCCGUCGCAGAGCUCCAUUUACCCGGUGAUUGCCGGUGCCGCCGGCGGGGGGCUGCUGCUGCUGAUUGCGACUGUGGUGGCAUGUCUAUGCCUGCGUCGUCGCAAGAGUUCCCAGCCAGAGGAUGAGAACAAACCACAAUUGGAUCAUAUACAAGCGGACUUUGUUACCUCCGCCGUGCUGGGUGUGCCCGGGCAUCACAAGAGUGGCGGCGGCGUCAGUGGCGGCGAUGUGCGACGCCUCAAUGGCGUAAUACCGCGCAUGAAUAUCACACCAAAUCCGCUGGCCCAGGACGCUGCCUCCGAUAAGAACCGCAACGUCAUGGAGCUGCGCUUCAUGCCGCCUUUGGCCAAUGGCCAUGGCAAUGGCAAUGGCAAUGGGAUCCACUGCAUCACGGCAGGUGCGGGCCCUGAGGAGGCGGGCGAAGAUGAGGAUGCCCUCCAAGCAGUGGCCUCAUCCUCCUGCGAGACAUUGGAGGCCUGCGAUGGCAUCAGCCAGCAGCAGCAGCAGCAGUUGCCGCAGCAAGAACCAUCGAUGGACGCUCCCAGCAAGCCACUGCCGCCGCUGCCCAAGAAAUCCGCAUCCAUCGGCAACAGCAACGCUGGCGUUGUGGCAGCCAUGCACCAGAGCGGGCUGCAUCAUGCCCAGCCGUACCAUCCGCCGGGCACGCCCACUAUGCUGCACAAGCGCCUCGACUACCAUCAGCAGCAGCAGCAGCAACAGCCGCCGCCAGUGCCGCCACACGCUUCCUACUACCAACAGCAACAGCAGGCGCCUAUUCAUCAUCCUGGAGUCUGCGGCCCCUCGCCCAUGCUGGAGCGCAGUAUGCGGGGACUAGCAGCAGCAGCACACCAGCAGCCAUCGUAUGGCGGCGGCUGCCCGGAGGAUGGAACGCCCACACCCUCGCGGAUACCUUCGCUGCGGCGACAGAGACGCGCCUCGGGCAGCCAGCACAACAGCCACAGCAAUCUCAAUCUGAAUCACCAUCAGCAUCAUAAUAACAUCAACAAUAACAACAACAACCUGCCACCACACCACCACCACCAGCACCUGCACCAUCAUCAGGGUCUGGUCGGCAUACCGAUUGUGCCUGGCAGUCCGCGGGUCCAGCGCUCGCCGAUGCCCAGCCGUGCGAUGAUCAAGCGCACGCGACUCGGCAGCCACACGGACAACAUCUCGUCGGGCAGUCUCAACAGUAUUGAGGUAUAGGCCGCAGGAGUAGCAGCCAGGAGGCAGCCAAGAGGCAGCCAGGAACAGAACUAAGGCAGAAGCCUAAGGGCACAAGACACGAGUUAGCAUUAGCGACAUUUAAAUAACAUAUAUAAUGUGUAUUAUUACGAUUUAAUACUACGAUACCCAGGCCAGCUAAUUCUUCUAUUUUUUUUUCUUGUUAAUCCCCUGGCCCCUGAUAGUCAGUAGAAAUAUUAUAUUUAGUUUUAAUUGUAUUUUAAGCAUGUAAUCCUUUUUUUUGACGGACUCUUUGAUGUUUCAGCCCCAUGGGGGCUUUUAAAGCAUCUCCCUCGCUCGCGCGCGUCCCAGCCCUGUAGGUUAGUGUUAUUUAUUUAUUGCAUUGUAAGUGUAAAACGACUCGAAUUAGUUAACUAAGGCAAGCGACUAUCCUAACGCUGACUCGCAGUAGUCGCGCACACGUUGUAACAAUUGUAACUAAAUUUAUCCACUGCAUCAUAGCAUCAUCAUUCAUCCAUCCACAGACAUGCCACAUCCAUCCACCAGCACGCAUCCUAUUCUAGCUAUAAGAUCAUCCAAUAAACGAUGGACAGACCAGACAGUUUGUUUGUAAGAG